AUGAUUGUUGGGCAGUGGGAGAUUCGACUACUCGACUCGUCGCGUUCUAAGGUUCAACCAAUGUGCUUCUUCGCGACAGGUAAACAACAAAAUCCCAGCGCUGGGUCCGGUAGAGGCGCAGAAAUCGAUGCUGCACUUGGAUGGGCCUGGCAACACGCCGUCGAAAUAAAUUAUCUCGGUGGACAGGCUACAGCUGUGGAGAAGAACGCGUUUGAGCUGCCGCUCGGGUUCAAAGUUGGACACGGUCACACUGGCAGUUAUGGGGUUGCGAAUAUCCAGCAGCGCACUGAGGGUGACUGA